AUGAUGACAGAUGAAAAACAAGAAAUUGUACCAUUUAAUAAAGUUCAAGGGAUAGCUUCGACAAAUGUACCAGCAUAUUCUAAUGAAUAUGAUGAUUUUAUUUCUUUUGAAGGAUCUUAUCUCCAUGGAAUAUAUACUGGUUUCAAAUGGCAGUGUGUUGAAUUUGCUCGUCGAUGGUUAUUAUUACGUAAAAGUUGCACCUUUAAAAAUAUCGGAUCUGCUGCUGAUAUAUGGCAAGAAUUGACCUAUGUAGAACGUAUUACUGAUGGUGAAAAAUUUCCUUUGAAAACUUAUUCAAAUGGAUCACUACAUAAACCUAACUGUGAUACUUUUCUUAUAUAUCCUCGUAGUGAAGACAUGUCACAUGGACAUAUUGCUAUUAUAUGUGAAGUUCAAGAAAAUUUUAUACGUGUAGCCGAAGAAAAUUAUCAUUUUCAUUAUUGGUUAAAUAAUUAUGCUCGUCAAAUUCCUAUGAUAUAUCGAAAUGGUCUUUAUUAUAUUGAAGAUUAUUAUAAUGUUUAUGGAUGGAUGGAAAUUGAAAAUAAUCAUCAAUUAAAACCAUUAGAUGAAUCAAAUAUAAAUUUAGUUCUUCAAAAAUAUCAACAAUCAAAACCAAUUGGUGAAUUAAAACGUUGUUUUAUUUUGAAUAAGACUUUUGAUCAUGAUUAUUCAUCAGUCGAUAUUAAUAAUGGAAAAGAAAAAUUUCUUAUACAAUCUAAUAAUAAAAAUGUUUUUUAUUAUCAAGCAAAUGAAGAUUUUGUUGUAAAUAUUAGUAAUACAUCAAAUGAAUUAUAUCGAUUAUUUAUGCAAACUGUAGAUUAUAUUAUUCAUAAUGAUAAAUUUUUAACAUUUUUUGAAAUACCUCAUCAAAUCUGGUUUCGAAUUCGUAGAUCUUGGACAGAUGAACAUGAUUUUGAUAUUAUUGAUCAUAUGAAUUUUAAAUUUGAUGGAAAACAUUUCAAGUUAUAUCAAUAUAAAUCUAAUCAAGCAUUAACAAUUUUUCAAUCUACUAUUGCACAAGAAAAAUGGGCUCAAGAUAUGAAUCUCAAUUAUGAUUUUACAUCGAGUUUUCAAUUACAUCAUCUUUUCGUAAGACAAUGGAAAAGAUUAAAUAUACAAACUACACUUCAUAUAUUAAUGGAUAAUGAUAAUCCAAAGGAUUUGGAGAUUAUAUUGUACAUGAAAACGAUAAUGACAGAAGCAGGUAUUAAUUCAAAAUUAUGUUUAUUGUCGAAUGAUCUCUAUUGGAAAGAUUCAAUCAUUGUUGACAAAGAUGGUGAAAUUAUUAAAAUUGUUUGGAAAUUAUGGAAUUGGAAAACAAUUUUUCAAGACUUGAGAGAUCAAUAUCGUGACAAUAAAGGAGGAGAAGAAGGAUGGAAAUCAAUGAAUAAUGAACGUCCAUGUAUAAGUGAUAUUUUGUUAAAUGAACAAAUCAGAAUUAUCGAACCUUUAUUGAAAUCAAUCAUAAAUCAUAAAGCAUUUUUCUCGGUACUAUACAGAAUGUUUUCAAAUCAUUCUGAUAUUUUACAGAAUGAAUGUUUUUCAUCAGAAGAUUCUAAACACAUUUCUUUUAUGAAUUCGUCAAUGGAAGAACAGAAUAAUGACGGUAUAGAAGAGUAUUUUGAUUCUCAUCAUAUUUCUCAAGAAAUAUUGUCAGACAAGAAUUCUAAAAAUUCUGAUGAAAUUAUUGUUAGUUGGAUGAUUUAUAGUUUAUGUUCUGGUUUCAGUAUAUGUGAACAUCAAAAUCAUACUACUAAUGCAAAUAACGCUAAAACAUACUGUUGUAUAAUUUGA